AUGGACCCGAGUAUCAAACAGUAAAAUUAGGUUUCUCGCAUUUAGUGGUUCUGAUGUCGGAAAUGCUUACGUUUUAAUGUUCCUCAUACUUAGUUCAAACUGUUUGCUACCAAGUAAUCGGUUCACCUUACUAUAUGCCCAACAUACAUAUGUCUAACCAAACCGGCUGGUUUUCGCAAAUUGCUUACUCUUGGCCGCUUGGCAACUCUUCGCUUGAGUGGAAUCGCGUUGGUAAAGUCGAAUGCCGCUCAUCCAGCUACUAAGUGCACGCUAUUGCGCUAACCAACCAGCCAGCCAGCCAUUCAGUGAAUAAAGCGGGUCGCUCAAGUGAGAAUGUGUCUUCAAUGAGUGCGCAACUUGUCUGCCGUAGUGGGAAUAUUUAUUGACUUCUGCUAUACAAAUUUGUUGCUGCAGCAAAGAUUUUUUUACACCAAAAGCAGUCAACUAAGCAAAACGCAAAUUAAACUGGAAAUCAAUUUCAAAACAUCUACUACCUCUCCAUGGAUCUGAGCAAGCACAUUGACGAAUGGAGCAGUUAUUGUUAGCGCGACAUCCCAUAUUUCCCGGCGCCUUGAAUUCCAAUUGAGGAACGUACAUAUCAUCUACUUAUGUACAUAUGUAUGUGCGAAUACUAUAAAUAUUUUCUAGCUGACAUCAAAUUCUAAAUCACAACAAGAACAACAGACGUUUUCCUACUAAUUUUCGUCAAAAAAAUAAAAUUUAAAAUUACAACCUAAUGUCCUUGUUCCGACAAUUUUUCGGCUCCACAUCAAAUUCAUGGAUACGUGCCCUCAUCAUCUUCGUACUCACCUGGGCGCUGCUCGUCUACGUUUUCGUCAAUAAACUCAAUACGCAACCGAAUGCGGACAUAGAUACGAUAACGGCGAAACGCAUCAAUCAGGCGUUACAGCUGCUCGAAUACUCAAAGCAACGCAAUGAGGAGCUGCGUCAGAUGAUCGAAAAGCUUUCGAGCGACCAAAUCGACAAGCAAUCGGCGCAGCGGCUCAUCGAGAAGCUCGAAUUUAAUUUACAAAACUCCAUAAACGUACAAAAUCAGGAUGCAGUGUUGGCUGAUUUUAUGGGCGCCGGCGACGGCGAUAGUGGCGCGGACUUGUUUGGCGGCAUGCCGGUGCCCAAUGCAGUUGCACAAAGUGCUGGAGGCGGCGUACACGAGCCCAGCUUGGAAUAUGAGCUUCUGCGGCGUCGCAUCGGUUCGAAUGUCGGCGAAAUUUGGAACUACUUCAGCAGCGAAUUGGGCAAGUUGCGCAAGCGCGCCGCGCCUACACAGCCCGAACUGACGGAGGACAUCAAUCAGGUGUUGCAGCUGGGCGCCGAACAUAAGCGCUCGUUGCUGAAUGACAUUGAACGGCUGCGUCAAGUGGAUGGUUAUGAGGCAUGGCGCCAGCAGGAGGCGCGCGAUUUGAGUGAUUUGAUGCAGCGCCGUCUGCACUACCUGCAGAAUCCGAAAGACUGUGCAAAUGCGCGUAAACUGGUCUGCAAACUGAACAAGGGCUGUGGUUAUGGCUGUCAGCUGCAUCAUGUUGUUUACUGCUUCAUUGUUGCCUAUGCGACGGAGCGCACCAUGAUAUUGAAGUCGCGCGGCUGGCGCUACCACAAGGCUGGUUGGGAAGAGGUUUUCUUGCCCGUGUCAGAGACCUGCUUGGAUGCAGACGCUGCGCAUGCGAGUAAUUGGCCAGGACGUCAUGACAUGCCUGUGCUAGUGUUACCCAUCAUCGACUCACUGAUGCCGCGUCCACCGUUCCUGCCGUUAGCCAUACCCGAGGACUUGGCACCACGACUCAGACGCUUGCAUGGCGAUCCGAUUGUCUGGUGGAUUGGGCAGUUCUUGAAGUACUUGCUGCGUCCGCAAAAGGGCACAUUGGAGUUCCUAGAGUCGGGACGUACGAAACUGGGUUUCAAGAGGCCUAUUGUAGGUGUGCAUGUGCGCCGCACGGACAAAGUCGGCACCGAAGCCGCUUUCCAUCGUAUAGAGGAGUAUAUGACGCACGUGGAGGACUACUUCCUCCAAUUGGAGAUUAACGGUACCACAGUGCCGCGUCGCAUUUUCCUUGCUUCCGACGAUGCGCGUGUCAUCGAGGAGGCGCGCACCAAGUACCCGCAAUACGAGGUCAUCGGCGAUCCCGAUGUGGCGCGUAUGGCUGCGGUCUCCACGCGCUAUACCGACUCCGCGCUAAACGGCAUCAUACUCGACAUACAUCUGCUAUCGCUCUCCGAUUAUCUCGUCUGCACGUUUAGCUCGCAAGUAUGUCGCAUGGCUUACGAAAUCAUGCAGACACUAUAUCCGGAUGCGGCACACCGCUUCAAAUCGCUGGACGAUAUCUACUACUAUGGUGGGCAGAAUUCGCACAAUCGGCAAGUGGUGAUCGGUCACACGGCGCGCAAUCAAUUCGAGAUCCAUAUGAAAUCAGGUGAUCUAGUGGGCGUGGCCGGCAAUCAUUGGGACGGCUACUCGAAGGGCCAGAAUACGCGCACAAAGCAAGCGGGACUCUUCCCCUCCUUCAAAGUGGUCGACAAGGUGGAGACCGUCAAGCUGCCGCUAUACGAGCAGGUUCAGCAGGGGCGGCUGUGAAUGGCGGCGCAUGCGCCGAGUGUGAGUGCAACGACAGGAAGCGUAUAAAUCAAAUUUUAUGCCCGGUUUCACAGUCAGUGCUUAGGUUGUGCUUAAGAUAAAACUGAAAUAUUGCGUUUUACAGUUCAUACUUAAGUUCUGCUUAAGUACUGAAAAUGGGAGACUUAAGCAGUGCUUAAGUAACAGCUGAUUUUUGUUUUGAAUAUUGACUUAUUUGUCAAAAAAAUAAAAUAAAAAUUAUUUCUUGCAUUCAA